AAAAUGUUUAUUCCCAUUUUGCACAGUGAUGAAGCCAUUCAGAUGAACAAUCCGGCCCUUGCCUAUGUUUGUAAAGGCAUACUAAGAUCUAACUAUCCAAGAUUAUAUUACAGAUGUCCCCGUAGAUUAGAUCAAAGAUGAAGGGCUAGAAAGAGUGUUGAUGAUUCUUCAACAUCCGACGAAGGGCAUAGUUAUCAGCAACCCCUUCCUGUUCUGCUGCAAAUCCAGCAACAAACAAUGAAGAUUAAUAGAAUAUUUCGAAGAGUAUCCAUACUUGUUAUAGCAACUAGAGUAAUGACAACAUAUUUUAAGGAGUUGAAACGGACGGGUAAACAUUGUUACAAGGCAUUGGACAACACUUCUGAAGUGGCCCUCAUAUCCCAACAUCCAAAAUUGGAGGAGCUUCCUUAUUGUUUAAUAUGUUUUUGCUCUCUCUUUCCUCCUAAUAAUGAAUUUCACAGGGAUACACUGAUCCGGUUAUGGGUUGCACAAGGUUUUUUUGAUCCCAAGUUGGGGCGGAAAAUGGAGGCUGUGGCGAAUGAACAUUUUGAGGACAUGUUUAAGAAGAAAUUCAUUGUGCAAUCUAGAUUUGACAUAGGCAUGGGCGUCACAAGAAGGAUGAAGUACAAGGUUGAUAAUAUUAUUGUGCCCACAAGUUCAUACUUGUGGGUACAGGAAGCUGAAUUGAGUAGUACUGAUAGAGAGGUCCAACAUUUGUUGUUACUCUCUAAAAACUUUGAUGAAGCCACUUUUAAAACUCUGAAAAGUUUCAGACGAUUGCGCACUCUUAUAUUGUUUUGUCAGAAUGGUGAUUCAAUCAAGCGGGUACCUUAUGAUCUUUUCCUUAAGCUACAACACUUGAGAACUUUGGAUUUGCAUGCAACUGAAAUAUCUGAGUUGCCUGGCUAUAUUUGUUAUUUGUCAUCUUUGCAUUAUCUUGAUGUCUCUGAGACACAAAUCAGUUACCUUCCUGAAUCUAUCGGCAGUCUUUGCCAUUUACAGACAUUGAAGUUGGAGAGGUGUUUAAAUUUUUAUAGUUUACCAGAUUGUACCAGCAAGUUGAUUAAUUUGCGCCAUUUGGAUCUUGACAUUCUUGGCCAAUUAACUAGAAUGCCUGUUGGAAUGGGUAAUCUGACCAGCCUUCAAACGCUAAAAGGCUUCAUUCUUGGCAAGGGAAAAGGCUAUGAUGCGAGAGAGUUGAAGCAUCUCACUGAUGUUUGUGGUUCAUUUUGCAUUUCAAGACUUGAGAAUAUUUCAAGUGUUGAACAGGCUAGAGAAGUUGAUAUGAGUAACAAGAAACAUAUCAAUAAGUUAGAAUUGCAGUGGCAACGUCGUCAAGAUGAUUUGGCUUUACUUGACGAGAUAUUUGAAUGUCUUCAGCCUCAUUCUAGCCUCGAAGAAUUGCAAAUAUCCUUCUACGAGGGCUCUAGAUUUCCUACAUGGAUGAGUAAUUCAUAUUUUUCCAACAUUGUCAGCAUUACUCUCUUUGAGUGUAAAAGUAGUAGCUACUUGCCAUCGCUUGGAGGUCUACCAUCACUUAAGUAUCUUUUCCUUUUUUACAUGUAUGGGGUAAGAUCCAUUGAUCAUCACUUUUGCAGAUAUGAAGGGAGUCAAAUAGGAGCUGCAUUUCCAAAGCUUGAAAAAUUAACAAUUAAUGGAAUGCCAGAACUUGAAAAAUGGACAGGCGUGGAGAAUGGAGAUUUUCCAUGUCUCCUUCGGUUAUCAGUAUUAUGCUGCCCUAAACUUAUCGCAGUUCCUAUGCUUUCAUUUCCCAACAGUCUCAAAGUUUUGGAAAUUUCUGAUUGUGAUGAGCUUCAGUCAUUUCCUGAGGUAAAGCUUUCAUCAAAGCUGGAAUCUCUUUAUAUAGCAAAUUGCCCACUAGUAAAGAACCGUUUCCUAAAAACUCAAGGUUACCUUCUACAAAGCCAAAAUAGUCUCUGUAGCUGCUCUUGUAGUAACUAUCCAAUCUCUCCUUACCAUUCUUGGCAUUGUUGUCUUCUGUCUUCUUGAGAUAUAAGCUCAGUUUGAGAAUCAUUUACUUGAACAACUGCAAUAACUGGUGGUGAAGUUGAACAAGGGGACAAAAGAAGUGAAGACACCGACUUAGGAGGAUUAGGUUGAUGUUUUUUAAAAUUAAAAACUUGUGUGUUCCACCUCUUGAAUGGUCAAACAUUAUUUGCGAAUUUUGCUUUUAUGGAUAUUACCUGACCUCUUUGAUCUUGGAUUAUUAUUUUGGUAUGACGUUGGAUCUUGAAUUAUUUUUUUGGUAUGA